CUGUGGCCCUCGCAGGGCGCACUCGCUGGCUCUCACCUGACAGGUCCCUGGCCUCAGGACGGCAGCCAGCAACAACACGUUCCCUACAUGAGGGACAAAGCGACUCAGACCCCCAGGGCCUGGGCAGAUGAGAGGAGGAGGGGCUCUCACAAACGCUCGGCCUCCUGCGGGAGCACCGACCAGCUCAAGGAGAUUGCCAAACUGCGUCAGCAGCUACAGCGCAGCAAACGCAGCAGCCGCCAUCGGAGGGAUAAAGAGCGCAAGUCCCCGUUCAAUGGCAGCCACGCCAUCAUCCAGUCACAGUCGCCCAUGCCCAAGACCAUCCUCAUACCCAUCCCCAUUUCCAAAUCCUCGGCUCCUCGUUUCCGCAACAGCGUGGAAGGCCUCAACCAGGAGAUCGAACGCAUCAUCAUCCGAGACACCCCCGAGAAGGACGAGGCCAUCGUCGUGAGUUCCAUCAUUGGCGUCAGUCACUCAGAUACCAUCCAACCACAGGAUGUCCCAGACGGGCACCGCGCGCCCCCGCCCGUGCCCCCGCAGCGCAGCAGCAGCACCCGCAGCAUCGACACGCAGACUCCAUCAGGAGGAGGACUAAGCGGUAGCCAUAGCAACUGCAGCAGCCGCCCCGACUCCAUCUCUCCCUCCUACCUCACUGUGCUGAACGACGCAGCCGGAGGCAGCCCCUAUGAGGAUAAAGAGCUAGGCCCCUGCUCCCCGCUGCCUAAAUACGCCGCCUCCCCCAGACCCAACAACAGCUACAUGUUCAAGAGAGAACCUCCAGAGGGCUGCGAGAAGGUCAAAGUGUUCGAGGAGUCCAUGCCCAAACCUCUGCAGGAGGUCCCCCCCUUCCUGUGUCCCGACCGCAACAAGGUCAACUUCAUCCCCAACAGCGGCUCGGCCUUCUGCUUCGUCAGCAUCCUCAAGCCCCUGCUCCCGGCCCCGGACAUCAGCUUUCGCCCCGGGGUGGGCCUCCGGAGCCUGUCCCCGUCCCUCGUGCCUCUCUCCACCCAGCCCUGCCUCCUGGAGGAGCCCGAGAGCUUCUGA